AAUCCCUUGGUCCGUGUCUUUAUUUUCCUCCUCUCCUCUGUUUUUCAGUCGCUUCCUCUGACUCAUCCUUUCAUCCCCUCCCUAUUGUAUCACACUUUGUCUCCCCUAUCCUCCUCUCUCUCUCUCUCUCUCUCUCUCUCUCUCUCUCUCUCUCUCUCUCUCUCUCACCCAUUGGCUCAUUCUCUCUCUAUCCUUUUUUUUUUCUCAGUCCGUCUCUUUGCUUAGGGUUUUCCGGCUUGCCUUUGGUGAGGUUACAAACGCACAGACGGCAGGAUGUCCAUUGUAAGUAUCAUUGCCAGGGAGAUCCUGGACUCUCGAGGAAACCCCACAGUUGAGGUGGACCUGAGGACUGAAAAAGGAUUGUUCAGGGCUGCUGUUCCUAGUGGAGCGUCUACUGGCAUAUAUGAAGCGCUAGAACUCAGAGAUGGAGACAAGAGUCGGUUCAAGGGCAAAGGUGUACUCAAAGCUGUUGGCCACAUCAAUGACACUCUUGGACCUGCUCUAAUUGAAUCUGGGCUCAGUGUGGCGGAACAGGAGAAACUGGACAACAUGAUGAUUGAGAUGGAUGGCACAGAGAAUAAAUCUCAGUUUGGUGCCAAUGCCAUUCUGGGGGUGUCCCUGGCUAUUUGCAAAGCUGGAGCAGCAGAAAAAGAAAUUCCCUUGUAUCGCCAUAUUGCCGACCUGGCUGGAAACACAGAACUAGUGCUGCCAGUUCCUGCCUUUAAUGUGAUAAAUGGUGGAUCCCAUGCUGGAAAUAAGCUGGCCAUGCAGGAAUUCAUGGUGCUUCCUGUUGGGGCAGAGUCAUUUCGUGAUGCUCUGCGUGUUGGGGCUGAGCUCUAUCAGACUCUGAGAGGCGUGAUCAAGGAGAAGUAUGGACAGGAUGCCACUAAUGUGGGUGAUGAAGGAGGUUUUGCCCCAAAUAUCCUAGAGAACAGUGAAGCUCUUGAAUUGAUUAAGACUGCCAUAGACAAGGCAGGUUUCACAGACAAGGUUGUGAUUGGGAUGGAUGUAGCAGCUUCUGAGUUCUACCGUGAUGGGAAGUAUGACCUUGACUUCAAAUCACCUCCAGAUCCUGAAAGAAACAUCACUAGUGAGAAGCUCCUAGAGAUCUACCAGAGUUUUGUCAAUGACUUUCCAGUGGUAUCUAUUGAGGACCCCUUUGAUCAGGACGACUGGGCAGCAUGGACUCGGAUGACUGGUUCUGUAGGGAUCCAGAUAGUGGGUGACGACUUAACAGUAACAAACCCAAAGAGGAUAGAGAAAGCAGCAGAAGAACGUGCUUGCAACUGCCUGCUUCUGAAGGUCAACCAAAUCGGCACAGUCACAGAGGCCAUCCAUGCGUGUAAGCUGGCCCAGGCCAAUGGCUGGGGUGUGAUGGUCAGCCAUCGCUCUGGAGAGACAGAGGACACAUUCAUUGCAGAUCUGGUAGUUGGACUCUGCACUGGACAGAUCAAGACUGGAGCUCCAUGUAGAUCUGAGCGUCUGGCCAAAUACAAUCAGUUGAUGAGGAUUGAGGAAGAGUUGGGCGAUCAAGCCAGAUUUGCUGGCCACAACUUCAGAAAUCCAAGUGCUCUGUGAAAUGUCCUGUGGCUAAAAAGUCCACACACCAACCACCACCAGACAAUAUGCACUGACUAAGACAGAUACAGUACAGAUACAACAUAAGACCGAAAAGACAUUAUGCACUGUAACAGACACCCAAGAUUUAUUUGCACUGAACACAUACUAACAACAAAUCUUAUUUGACAGAAGCCCAUGCACUGAACCAAGGGGACAUCAUGCACUUAAAUUGGACGGACCACAAAGACCUUAGCUACUAAUAUGCAUGGCAGAACCAACACAGACAAGUUUACACACAAGACAUGUCCGACAAAGACAGAUAAGUAGUAGGUACAGGAUGUGGGACAGACAUACACUGACAAAAUGACUAAAGACAAUGGAGAGCGAUGGAGUAAAAGGGAACAAACUAUGUAUUAUUAAAUAUAGAGUAAAAUAUUCCAAUUUAUCUUGGUGCAACAGGUUAGUGGAUAUUGGUUGUAAUAACAGAAUUAUUUACUAGGUUGAGUGGACUUUAAGGAAUAGUUUUCUUUAUACCUUGGGUAUUGCUGAACAACUUUGUCUGAAGUGCAGUUGAAAAUUAAAUUAUUCUUAAAUUAACAAAUAUGAAGAUUCACAGAAGCUGUAGAUGCAUGUAGAGAAAGAUAUCAAGAAAGAGAAGAGCAUGAAAUGAAAAAAGAAAAAAAACUGAAAAAACAAAACAGCCUGCACUCUCCUGUCAAAGAGAUGGACCCUUAGCUUACACACACACACACACACACACACACACACACACACACACACACACACACACACACACACACACACACACACAUUUGUGUAGACCUCUAUCAGCUCUCAACCUUUCAUUCUCUGACACUUCACUCCCAUCAUCGCUUUCCCUUUCUUCCUCCGCUUGCAUUCCCUAAUCCUUUACUUUCUUGUUGUUUCAAUGUCACCCCACUGGUCUCUUUUCUUCCACUCUUGGUCCACCAUGCUUGAAUUUCUUCUCUAUGUGUCAAAUAACUGUGGUCAAAAUAAAGAAGAAAAUGAGGGAAUAAACAACAUGCUUGCCAUUAAAUAAUGUUAUGUAUUAAAAUUAUAAUUUACUCCCACUAUGUGUUGUUUGUUGCUAGAAAUCAGGAGACUGGUGUGUGGUUGAGUGAGAGUGAGAGAGAGACAGAAAGAGACAGAGAGAGUGACAAUAAAGAGAGAAAAAAAUCUAUAAAAAUCCUUUGGACAGACAGUUAUCCAAUAGGACACACACUUGUAUUGCAUUAUUUAAAUAUUUAAAUCAUACUCCAAACAUACUGCACACACCGUCCCCCUUUCCACUCACUCACCACGGUUGUAAAGAGUGAUUACAUGAGUUAUUCAUAUAAUCUAUAUGUAAUCUAUAAUAUAGACUUUCUGGCAGCAUGAAUCUAUCUGGACAUUUUCUUCUGAUCUCUCUUAUCAACAAGUUGUUUCCACCCACAGAACUAUUGCUCACUUAGUGUUUUUUGUUUUUUUUGCACCAUUUUGUGUAAACUCUGGAGAGUGUAGUGUGUGUGAAAAUCCCAGGAGAUCAGCAGUUUCUGAAAUACUCAAACCAGCCCAUCUACCAAGAUCCAGGCCAUGGUUAAAGUCACAAAGAUCACACUUUUCCCCCAUUCUGAUGUUUGAUAUGAUCAUAAACUGACCUGUAUCUGCAUGAUUUUUGCAUUGUGCUGCUGCCACAUAAUUGACUAGAUAACGGCAUGGAUGUACAGGUGUUCCUAUUUAAGUGGACAGUGAGUGUAUAUUUAAUAUUUUACAAUUUCGGUCUUAGAUGUUUAUUUUAUGACUUCUGGAUUAUUGGGUGAGUAAAUAAAAAUAUUUUAGAUUCCCAAUCAUUACUUUUCCAACAAAAAUGAAAUGUUAUGGAAAAAAUGUUUGUAUGUCAGGUGCAAAAACAGAAGCAAGUCUCCAGAUUCUGUGGCAGAUUCUCCAUUAUGCUUUGAACAACUUUCCAGCCAAUUUCCUUAUUAACCUGUAUAAAGUGUACCUGAUACAUUUUUAAAGGCAAAGUGUUGUUGCAACUUUUUAAAUGUAUUAACAUUUGAUUAAUCAUUAAUACUUUUGCAUACUAUUGUAUAUCUGAUCAUUUUGGAGAAUCCAAUUUAUUUCAGUUUAGAAUUUCAAGAAAAAGAACAAUAAUCUGGUGACAUAGCAUGGUUCAGAUUAUGUUGUCUGAAAAAGUAUGCACUUUCUGCCGUCAUUCUCACUAUCACAGAUACCCUGAAGGACAAAACAAUUGCAUUCACAUCACAGCAGAAUUACUGUAAUUAUGUGCUUCUAUCUGGCAAAAACAAACUGUUACAGUGUCUGCUGUAAAUAUCAGUUAGAAAACCCACACUGGAAAAUUGAACAAAUAAAUGUUAGACUUUUGAGUUUUAAUCAUUAUCUCUCACUGCUUUGGGAUCAGCUUCCUGGAGAGCUA